AUGGUCAAAUUCUCCCUACUUCCGGCCAUCGCACUAUACCUUUGUCUCCUCCCAAACAGUCUGCUUGCGCUCCCAACCUCGCGCUUCAGCCACGAUGUACAAAGCCUCCCAAUCCGAGACGUCCAAGAAGGUCAAGACGCGUCGACACGCCAUCGGUUGAACCGCCGCGGCCUUCCUGGCGCAGUCUACAUCUGCACCGGCGACAACUUCCGCGGCUCCUGCGCUUGGACCGCCCCCAGCACGCAAUGCCACAUCGCUGGCACAGGCGAUGACUCCCCGCGCUCCAUCGGUCCGGACGAGAAUGGAUCCUGCAUCUUGUUCGAGAAUGCACAAUGCACGGGAAACCAGGUCAAGACGCUUCGAUUCCCCGGUCAAGCGACGAACAUGCCGACGUUCAUGAGCUUGAAGUGCUCUUCGGAUAGCAACGGGAAGCGUGGGAAUUCAACGGAAGUUGUGAAGAGUGGUGUUCUGCCUUUGGCGCUGGAGGCGGAUCCGCGGUUGGACGGUGGUGUAGGCAGUAUGGAGAGGAAGAACCUAGAGGAGGUUAUGGAUCAGAUGGAGAAGGAUGGCUUUAGGCAGGGUAUGAUUGGGUUGAAGAAGGGGGCAUUAUUAUUGAGGAGUUUGGAGGGCGUGUAUUGGAGUACUGUAAGGUUAGCAAUGUAA